ACUUCCGAAAGCACUUCGGCUUCAGCCCCUGCCUUGGCCAGAGGUUUCAUUUUUAACUGAAUAUUUACAAAAGCUCGAAGCGUGUGAGGGGGGUGGGGUGGGGUGGAAAUAGCGGCUGCUUCUUUUCCAGGGAUUUAUUUCAUGGGGAUGUGUUCAAGGCAAGAGCGAAUUCAGAAGGAUAUCGACGUCGUGAUCCAGAAGUCCAGAGCCGAAAAGGACUGCCUGUUUGCAGAUUUCAGAUACUCUGACUCCACCUUUACUUUCACCUACAUUGGCGGCCCCAAAAGUGUAUCAUAUGCAGUACAUGUGUCUGAAGAUUACCCAGAUAAUACAUAUGUAUCAAGCUCAGAAAAUGAUGAAGAUGUGUUAGUUACUACAGAGCCAAUUCCAGUAAUUUUUCAUCGAAUAGCAACAGAAUUAAGAAAAACAAAUGAUAUUAAUUGUUGCUUAUCCAUAAAAUCAAAAUUACAGAAGGAAAAUGGAGAGGAGUCAAGACAAAAUAGUACCGUGGAAGAAGAUUCUGAAGGUGACAAUGAUUCUGAAGAAUUUUAUUAUGGAGGACAGGUGAACUAUGAUGGAGAACUGCACAAACACCCACAGCUGGAAGCUGAUUUGUCCGCGGUGAGAGAGCUCUACGGGCCACAUGCAGUGUCUCUCAGGGAAUAUGGAGCCAUUGAUGAUGUGGACAUUGAUCUCCAUAUUGAUGUUAGCUUUCUUGAUGAGGAGAUUGCUGUGGCCUGGGAAGUAAUUCGAACAGAACCUAUAAUUGUCCGACUACACUGUUCACUUACCCAGUAUUUAAAUGGCCCAGUGCCAACUGUUGAUGUCUUUCAGAUUUCUACAAAAGAAAGAUUUGGUUUGGGUCAUCAACUAAAAAAAAUCAUGCAGACAUUUGUUACACAGCAGUGGAAACAGAGUAAGGAGAAAUCCAGCUGCCUACACAGUAAAAAGCUGUCAGAGAAGAAAGUGAAGUCUCCCCUGCAUUUAUUUUCUACCUUGCGCAGGUCGCCAAGUUACCCUCCCCCCGGUUGUGGUAAAAACAAAUCCAAAUUAAAACCUGAGCAAGAUGGAAUCUCCAAAACGCACAAGCUGCUGCGGAGGACUUGUUCCAGCACAGUCAAGACCGAUGACGUGUGCACCACAAAAUCACAUAGGACCUUUGGGCGUUCCCUGUCCAGCGACCCCAGGGCUGAGCAGGCAAUGACAACAAUUAAAUCGCACAAACUCUUGAACCGCCCUUGCCCUCCAGCUGUUAAGCAAGAGGACUGCCUCACUCUAAAGUCACAUAAACUAUUGACUCGAUCUUGUUCUGGUGAUCCACGAUGUGAGCACAACACCAACUUGAAGCCCCAUAAAUUGUUAAGCAGGUCUUACUCCAGUAAUCUCAGAAUGGAAGAAUUAUAUGGACUGAAGAAUCACAAAUUGCUGAGCAAGUCUUACUGCAGUGCCCCCAAGUCAUCCAAAACAGAGCUUUUCAAGGAACCUAAUGCAGAGGGCAGGAGGCUCUCUCUUACCUCAGGGCUUAUUGGUAUCUUAACACCAUCUUCAUCUUCAUCUUCCCAACCUGCCCCAAAUGGUGCAAAAUGUAUUCCAAUACGAGACCGCGGCUUUCUAGUGCAGACCAUUGAGUUUGCUGAACAGCGGAUCCCUGUAUUGAAUGAGUACUGUGUGGUUUGUGAUGAGCCACAUGUAUUUCAAAAUGGACCCAUGCUUAGGCCUACUGUAUGUGAGCGAGAGCUGUGUGUGUUUGCCUUCCAAACUCUGGGAGUAAUGAAUGAAGCUGCUGAUGAAAUAGCAACUGGAGCUCAGGUGGUGGAUCUUCUAGUAUCCAUGUGUAGAUCUGCAUUGGAAUCUCCUAGGAAAGUUGUCAUUUUUGAGCCAUAUCCUUCUGUAGUAGAUCCUAAUGAUCCUCAGAUGCUGGCCUUCAACCCCAGGAAAAAGAACUAUGACCGAGUAAUGAAGGCACUAGAUAGCAUAACUUCAAUCAGAGAAAUGACACAGGCACCGUAUCUGGAAAUCAAGAAGCAGAUGGAUAAACAGGAUCCCCUUGCUCAUCCCCUACUGCAAUGGGUUAUUUCAAGUAACAGAUCCCAUAUUGUGAAGCUACCAGUUAACAGGCAAUUGAAGUUUAUGCAUACCCCACAUCAAUUCCUGCUUCUCAGCAGUCCACCAGCCAAAGAAUCCAACUUUAGAGCUGCUAAAAAACUCUUUGGAAGCACUUUUGCAUUUCAUGGCUCACACAUAGAAAACUGGCACUCCAUCCUGAGGAAUGGUUUAGUUGUUGCUUCUAAUACAAGACUGCAGCUCCAUGGUGCAAUGUAUGGAAGUGGAAUCUAUCUUAGUCCAAUGUCAAGCAUAUCAUUUGGUUACUCAGGGAUGAACAAGAAGCAGAAGGUGUCGGCCAAGGAUGAACCAGCUUCAAGCAGUAAAAGCAGCAGUGCAUCACAGUCACAGAAAAAAGGACAACAAUCUCAAUUCCUGCAGAGCCGUAACUUAAAAUGCAUUGCUUUAUGUGAAGUAAUCACCUCACCUGAUCUGCACAAACAUGGAGAGAUAUGGGUCGUUCCAAAUACGGAUCAUGUCUGCACACGGUUCUUUUUUGUCUAUGAAGAUGGUCAAGUGGGAGAUGCAAAUAUUAACACACAAGAAGGAGGCAUUCACAAAGAGAUCCUUCGAGUAAUUGGUAAUCAAACUGCUACUGGUUAAAGGACCACCAAUAAUUAACAUGAUUUGAAAGCCUUCCUCGGGUUCAAAGCUGGAUUUUGAACUGAAGAAGAUGAUAAAAUAAUUUAUUGUUAUUAUAAACAAAUUAACCCUUUGAAUACUGAUUUUUUUCUUAGUAUUUCUAAGUAUCUCAUUAAAAUACCUAAAAUGGUAUAAAGUUUAUCAAUUAUAGGGUUAUGGAAUCUAGUAAUAAAAUUAAGACAGCACUUAAACUUAAGUUUGGGUUACUCACAAUAAACAGAUU